GCAGAGGCCACGAGGAAGAGUCUGUGUCAUCAGCAGUGGACUGUGAGAACAGAUGCCUCUUCUCCUCCCAUGGUCUCACAUUAAGGAAAACUGUCUGACCAGUGAAAGGCUUUCUCAGGAGCCAGAGCAACGGGAGUAACAUCCCGCCAAAGACCUCACUUCACACCAUGGUUGUCUCAGAGUCACAGGACGAUCAACCCAUCAGCAUCUCUGUCAGAAGAAACCCUAGUCAACAGUCCAGAUCAAAUCCCUCCUCAUCCCAACACUCUGGAGGUCCACAACUGUUCAGCUCCAAUGAGAACAUUUCACCGGUCGACACCAAUCUGCAAUACGAGCCUCGGGAGUACACUGAGACAGACUACCUGCUCCCCGUUAAACUCUACGGAAGGUCAAGGGUCAGUGAAUCCACAACAGCAAAGGAUGCAGUCGUCACGAGUGCACCUGCGGAGUCCGCGUGUUCCUUGGUGCUGCAGAUCCUGGUGCCAUUUCUCUUGGCCGGGCUCGGGACAGUCUCAGCCGGGAUUUUGCUGGACUUGGUUCAGAACUGGGACGUGUUCCAAGAAGUCCCAGAGAUCUUCAUCCUGGUCCCUGCUGUCUUAGGCAUGAAGGGGAACCUAGAAAUGACUCUGGCCUCGAGACUUUCCACUGCUGUAAAUGCAGGGAAAAUGGAAUCUGCCAGAGAAAAGUGGAUGAUGAUCAUUGGGAACCUGGCACUCAAGCAGCUGCAGGCCACAGUGCUGGGUCUGCUGGCCUCUGUGAUGGCGACUCUCCUGGGCUGGAUGGCAGAAGGAAAGAUGCCCUUCAAUCAUGUUGUGCUUUUGUGUUCAACCAGUGUUUCUACUGCCUUCGUGGCUUCAAUGCUGCAAGGCAUCAUCAUGGUGGGAGUGAUCCUCGGCUCCAUGCGAGUGGGCAUCAACCCUGACAACGUGGCGACACCCAUGGCCGCCAGCUUUGGGGAUCUCAUCACUCUUGCCUUGCUGGCCUGCUGCAGUCAGUGGUUCUACUCUUUAUCAGAGCUGCAGCCCUACGUGCUGUACCUGGUGGAUCUGUUGAUUUUGUGCCUGAUCCCUCUGUGGGUGGUGAUCUCCUCCAAACACCCAGCCAGUAACAUCCUGCUCCGCACAGGCUGGGAACCAAUCAUUACUGCAAUGGUCAUCAGCAGUAUUGGAGGACUUAUUCUGGACAUGUCUGUGUCAGAUCCAAACUUGGCAGGAAUUAUAAUUUAUGCUCCAGUCAUAAAUGGAAUUGGAGGAAACCUCGUCUCCAUACAGUCGAGUCGGUUGUCUACCAAUCUGCAUUUGAAUUUCCCACCUGGAGAUCUUCCAGAGGAGCGAAGGGGCUGCUACAACCCUUGUCGCACCUUCUUUGGUUCAGGAGCUAACCAUCGCUCUGCCCGGAUCCUGCUUCUUCUGGUCAUCCCUGGUCAGUUUAUCUUCUUAUACACCAUCCACCUGAUGAAAGGAGGCUACACGCUACCCAGUCCUCUCCUGACUGUCGCCUUCUUGUCUGCUUCCCUGAUUCAGGUCUUCUCUCUGCUGUGUACAGCCGACUGUAUGGUCCACUGGCUAUGGCGGAGGCAUAAAGACCCCGACAGUUACUCGAUACCCUACCUCACAGCCCUGGGAGACCUUCUCGGGACCUCACUCCUUGCUCUUGCCUUCCUCAUGCUGUGGUGCAUCGGUGACUCAGGGAGUGUAUGAGUUCAAAGCAAGAGGAAGAACAAAUACAACGAAAGAUCACAAGGGGUGCUAAGAUGAUAAAAAAACACAAGGACAGGAUCAAAGAUGAUCAUAUAUUUCUUAUUUUUUAUGUCUCAUCAUGUUUGUGCUAAUCAUAUUAUUGCUGCUUCAUGGUUUCUACCAUUUCCCCUCCUGACAAUAUCAAAGACACACCUACUGCUUUUGUCUUUGCAGGAUAACUUACUUUCCUGGCGUUUAGGAAGUUUAUCAAAACACUCAUCUCAGAUUCUACCACAGCUGGUGCAAGCGAACGCAAACGCCAAAAACUACAGGAUGAGGAACUUCCCGAGAAAAAACCCAUGAACUUUUGGAGCUGUUUCA